GGGACCAUCGCUGCGACAGGGCUGCUGCCGAUGCUGAUGUGGUCGCAGCGCGGCGACCCCGGCGACUCGGGAAGCGCCGACCCCGGGGGCGCCACCGUGAGGGCGGCCCGCCAUGCCCUGGCCGCCCCCGCGGACAUGGCCGUGGCGGAGAGCAAGAAGAAGAAGGGCGGCGGCAAAAAGUACAAGAGCUCCAAGAAGAUGAAAAAGGGGAAGAAAGGGAGCAAGAAGCACAAAAAGAAAAAGUAUUGGAGCAAGAAGAAGAAGGGCAAGCACAAGAAAAAGAAGAAAAAGUCCCACUAUAAGAAGAAAGGCAUGAAAAAGAAGUCGCACAUGGACAAGAAGAAGAAGUAUGGCAAAAAGAAGAAAUCAUCCAAGGGCCACAAAGCUAAGAAGUACCACAAGAAAAAGGGGCACAAGAAGGGAAAGAAGAUGAAAGGUUACCACAAGAAGAUACACAAGGACAACUAUAAGAAGAAACAUAAGUUCUGGGACAAGAAGCACAAGAAGGGCAAGCACAAGAAGUACGGCAAGAAGCACAAGCACCACAUGUCCAAGAAGGGAAAGCACAAGAAGGGAAAACACCACAAGUCUGCGUACCACAAGAAGAAGAAGAGCAAGAAGGGCAAGAAGAAGAAGGGCCACCACGACAAGAAGAGCAAGAAGUGGAAGGGAAAGAAGGGGAAGAAGAAGAAGCACUCCAAGAAGAAAAGCUACUCAAAGAAGGCUGGCAAGAAGAAGAAGAAGAAGUGGGGUUUCAAGAAGAAGAAGGGCCACUAGUAUGUGGUCACUCAGUGCAAACAAGAUUUGCGCCGCUAAAUCUAGUCAAAUGCCGACAAAUAUUUGUCAACCCUAUUAAAAUAAAGAUUCUAUUUAGUCAACCUGUUUUGUUCUUCUAAUACAUUUUAUGGUCAUUUCCCUUUGAUGCCGAAGUAGACAAAC